UUUAUGAGAAACCGGGUACAUUAAAUUUAGUAUAUUUUAAUAUAAAUAAGUUAUUAGAAAAAUAAAUACAAAAUGGUUGAAGAACAACAAAAACGAGUCGAUGAAUAUACUAGAAGAAUAGUAGAAGAGAUUGAUAAAUCAAUGAGAAAAAUGAAGGGUGAUGCAUAUAGAUGUGCUGCAAGUUGUUGUGAUAAUGAGACUUAUAGUAUAAAAAAAAUUGAAAAUUGUGUAAGAAAUUGCAAUAAUUCUUUGGAUCAAGCUCAAGAAUAUGCUAGAGAAGAACUAGAAAGAGUUCAAAAUCGAUUACAAAGGUGUGUUAUGGAUUGUAAUGAUAGAAUAAAAGAUGCAGCAGGACCUAAUCCAUCACAGCGUGAUUUGGAGAAAUACAGUGAACAAUUUGACAAGUGUGUAACAAAAUGUGUAGAUCAUUAUUGUGAAAUAUUACCUAAUUUAGAAAAAACAAUGAAAAACGUUUUGUCUGAAAAAAAAUAUCAAUAGUAAUAUAAUAAUAAAUAAUAAAUAUAAAUAAAAUUAAUGAAUUGCAAUCUAGAGA